AUGUUCUUGUUCUUCUACAUUUUGACCAUGGUGGGAAAUCUGCUCAUCAUCGUGACUGUGACUGUCAGCAGGACCCUAGACUCACCAAUGUACUUCUUUCUCUCUAACUUAUCACUUAUUGACAUUGUUUAUUCAUCCUCCAUUUCUGCAAAGUUGAUUUCAGACUUAUUCUUUGGGAGAACUAUCAUAUCCUUCAGGGUUUGUAUGCUUCAGCUCCUCACAGAACACCUCUUUGGUGGCUCAGAGGUCUUCCUCCUGCUGGUGAUGGCCUGUGACUGCUAUGUGGCCAUCUGUAAGCCCUUGCAUUACUUGGUUCUCAUGAGGCAGUGCGUGUGUGUGGUGUUGCUGGCCGUGUCCUGGGCUGGAGGCUUUUUACACUCAAUAAUUCAGCUCAGCCCUGUGUAUGGCCUUCCUUUCUGUGGCCCCAAUGUCAUCGAUCACUUUAUGUGUGACAUGUACCUCUUGCUGAAACUCGUCUGCACCGACACCCAUGUUGUUGACCUCUUAGUGGUGUCCAAUGGAGGACUAGUCAGCUCCACGGCAUUUGUGCUCCUGCUCCUCUCCCAUGGGGCCAUGUUCCACUCUCUCAAGAACCUGAGUCAGGAAGGGAGGUGGAGAGCUCUCUCCACCUGUGGCUCCCACAUCACUGUGGUUGUUCUCUUCUUUGUUCCCUGUAUUUUUAUGUAUGUGAGACCAGCUAAGACUUUCCCCAUAGACAAAUCACUGAGUGUGUUUUACACCGUCAUUACCCCCAUGCUGAACCCCCUAAUCUACACCCUGUGA